AGCACAGACCCGCUUACCCCUUUUUCUUGUCUGGUGUGCAGUACAAGAAGAAGUACGAGUCCGUGGAGGACCUGAAGACCCUGCGUUACGGCCGCCUGAUGAUCAUGACUGAUCAGGAUCAGGACGGCUCUCACAUCAAGGGCCUGCUGAUCAACUUUAUCCAUCACAACUGGCCGUCCCUACUGAAACUGCCAUUCCUCGAGGAGUUCAUUACUCCCAUCGUUAAGGCCACCAAGGGCAAGACUGAGCUCUCAUUCUACUCCUUGCCCGAGUUUGAGGAGUGGAAGACGAAUACCGAUGACUGGCAACGCUGGAAAGUCAAGUACUAUAAGGGUCUUGGCACCAGCACGGCCAAGGAGGCGAAAGAGUACUUCAUUGACAUGGCUCGGCACCGAAUAAAAUUCAAGUACCAGGGUGGCGAGGACGAUCGCGCCAUUGAGCUAGCCUUCAGCAAAAAGAUGAUCGAUCAACGCAAAGAGUGGUUGCGCAACGGCAUGGAAGAACGCAAGCAGCGGCGCGAACUGGGCCUGCCCGAGGUCUACCUGUACGGCAAGGACACACGUAACAUCACGUACGAGGACUUCGUCAACAAGGAGCUUAUCCUGUUCAGCAACAUGGACAACGAGCGUUCCAUCCCGUCGCUCGUCGACGGGCUCAAACCGGGCCAGCGCAAGGUCCUCUACACGUGCUUCAAGCGCAACGACAAGCGGGAAAUCAAGGUGGCGCAGUUGGCGGGUUCGGUGGCCGAGCACUCUGCCUACCAUCACGGUGAGGUGUCCCUCAUGUCCACCAUCAUCAACCUGGCGCAGAACUUCGUGGGCAGCAACAACAUCAACCUGCUGCAGCCCAUCGGCCAGUUUGGCACGCGCCUCCAGGGUGGCAAGGACGCUGCCAGCCCUCGAUACAUCUUCACAAUGCUGUCGCCACUGGCACGCCUCAUCAUGCCGGCAUCCGACGACCCCGUUUUAGAGCACCUGUAUGACGACAACCAACGCAUAGAGCCAGAGUACUACAUCCCCGUGCUACCCAUGGUCCUGGUGAACGGCGCCGAGGGUAUCGGCACCGGCUGGAGCACCAAAAUUCCCAACUACAACCCACGUGAGAUAGUGGCCAACUUGCGCAGGAUGAUCGCUGGCGAGGAACCCAAGCCCAUGAAGCCCUGGUUCAAAAACUUCCGAGGAUCUGUGGACCAGGUUGAGCCCCAACGUUUCCUGAUCAGUGGCGAGGUGGCCAUCCUGAGCUCGACCACAAUUGAGAUCACUGAGCUGCCCGUCCGCACGUGGACGCAAGCGUACAAGGAGUCGGUGCUCGAGGCCAUGCUGCACGGCAGCGAGAAGGUGCCGCCCAUGAUCACCGACUACAAGGAGUACCACACGGACACCACAGUGCGUUUCGUUGUCACCAUGACCGAGGAGAAGCUGUCCAAGGCACGUGACGAGGGUCUGCACAAGGUGUUCAAGCUGCAAACCUCGCUCACCACUUCGUCUAUGGUGCUGUUCGACUCCAAGGGUGUUCUGACCACAUUCCGUACACCUGAGGAGAUACUCAAGGACUUCUUCGAGACACGUAUUGAAGGGUACAAGAAGCGCAAGGCGUACAUGAUGGGCCUCUUGUCAGCCGAGGCCAAGAAGCUGGAGAACCAGGCCCGCUUCAUCCUUGAGAAGAUCGACAACCAGAUCAAGAUAGAGAACAGGCGCCGCAAGGAGAUGAUCCAGACGUUGCGCGAGCGUGGCUACGACCCAGAUCCAAUAGUUGAGUGGAAGAAGCAACAAGCCCAACAGGAGGACAAGCAGGAUUCGCAGGAUGACGAGGAGGAAGAGAAAGAAGAGGACAAGGACGGUGGUAGUGCAAGCUACAACUACCUCCUGGGCAUGCCAAUGUGGAGCCUGACACGGGAACGCAAGGAAGACCUGCUGGCCAAGCGAGACCAGAAGCGAGAAGAGGUGGAGACGCUUCGCCGUAAGACUCCUGAGAACCUAUGGGACGAAGACCUGAAUGCAUUCACAGCCAAGUUGGAAGAAGUGGAGCAGGUUGAGCGAGAUGACGAGAAUUCCACGGGAACCAAAGCAGCAGGUCUCAAGAUGGCAUCCGGCAAGGGUGGCCGGCCCAAGGGUGGCUCCAAGAAAAUGGAGGCCGAGACGCAGCCGUCACCGUUUGGAGAGCGCGUCGAGCCGAAAGUAGACUGGGAGGCCAAAAAGAAGUCUGAGAAGGGCGCGGGGCCUGGCCGCAAACCGAAGAAGUCGCUUGAAGAAGGGAAGAGUGAAAGUGGAGGAGGGGGAGGAGAUGAUGGUGACGGUGCUGCACCAAAGCCAGCGCGCAAGCGUGCAUCUAAAGGCACGGGCGAAAAGAAAAAGACACCAAAGAAGCGGCGCAACAGCUGGUCAGGAUCGGACACGUCUGACGAACAGUCGGCAAUGAGCUUCGGCUCCGAUGACGAGGAGAGGCCAAAGAUACCUCCCGAGCGGCAGACUUCGCGGCGAGCGGCACUGGCACGGCCAAAGUACAAGAUUGAAGACAGCGACGAGGAGGAUGAUGACGAUGACAUGGGUGAAGCAAAAGUCAAUGAAGGUGUGCUUGAAGAUGUGGAGGAGUCUCGACCAUCGGAACCAGCAGCGUCGACAACAGAGGAUGGCCAGGAGAAUGGCCGUGUCCGCGGCACAUUUGACAGUGACAGUGAUAGCAACCUAGAACCCCUGACAAAGAGGCUUAGCCAAGGUGGAAAGGACAACUCUGAGACGGCAUUUGACUCUCUCUUUGGUGGAAGUGGUUCGGCAAGCGGAUCAAAGGCUUCUGCCUCGCAUAAAAAUGCGGGCAGUGGGUCAGACAGUGAGCCACCACGUGCUGCAUCGAAACCGGCACCCGCUCCCAAGAAGGCACCAGCAAAGAGGAAGCCACCGGCACAGAGCGACUCUGAUGCAUCCGAUGUUGACGAGGAGGAAUUUAAGCCGAAGAAGGCUCCCGUAGCUCGCAAACCUGCAGCAUCAAAGAAGAAACCAGCCCAGAGUGCUUCUGACGCAUCUGACCUGGACGAUGAUGAUUUUAAGCCCAAGAAGGCAGCCCCUGCACGGAAGCCAGCAGCUCCCAAAAGCCGGAAGAAGAAGGCUACGGACUCCGAUUCCGAUGGAGCGCGGAAGAAGGCGAAGCCAGCAAAAAAAUCAAAGAAGGCCACAUCUUCGGAUGACGAUGACAAAAUGUCGGACAAAGAAGCUGCAGGGUCGAUGGCACCGCGUAUGACAACUGGCCGUGCCAAGGCGCCGGUCAAAUACAACUUUGGCACUGACAGCAGUGAAGAGGACUUUUAAAUUAUGUCUGACUUACGCCUCCACUUUCUUUGUUCUGUCUCACAUGCUAAGCAUUUUUAAGCCUUUGCUUUUAGGUUUUUAGGUGUGUUGCACAGUCUAUCUCUUGUUUCCUUGUGUUGUCAUUUGUCCUGUUACAUUCCACCUAUUGCCCCUUGCCAGAUGGAGCAGGACGACUCCACUUUCUGUGUUUUUUGUCCUUUCUUCAUUUUGUGCUGCUAACCUUGUUAGCAUUCAUCUGUAGGUAGGGUGUACUAGAAAGGCUUUAAGGGGGGGGCGCUCCGUGGGAGUACUCAUCGUGGUGCAUUUUGUAAUGCUGGCGUGUAAAAUUGAUAGCCAGCUUCAUUAUAUUUGAUUGUUUCUCACUGAACUGUGGACAUUUCAUCUGCAAUUUACAUCCUCCGUGUUUCUUGGCUCUGUGUUUCAAACGAUUGUUCUCAAUUGUUUCUGUUGACUGAAGACAGUUUUGAACUGAAAUAUGUGGUGAAAUUGGCUAUUGUCGUAGACCAUAACGUAGGCGAAAGUGACUUUUUUUUGCUAUUUCACAUUUCUUUAUUGCGGUGCUGACAACAAACUUUGACCGAGAUGCAUCCUAUACUAUCACAAUGUAAAUAUAGCAUCUAAUGCAAAACAUAACUCAUUGUUUUAGGUAAGUGUUACAUUGCUCCUCCCCUUACCAACAAACUCCGAUCCACAAAGAAUGCACGUUGUGCUUCAAAGGACGCUGGGACUUUGGAAUUGCUUUGGUUUAAGCCUUGUGUAUAGAGCUCUGCCCUGUCGGAGUAUAUGAGAAAACGGCGAAGUGGUGUUCUUGUGAGAGGGUUUGUGCUGUGUGAUGUUUUUUAGCUAACGGCUGCUCACUGCAUGGCUGUAUCAUGUUCCCAUUUGCCCUCUGAAGCUUUCUAGCACACUGUACCACCCUCCAUGUUCCCUCCCCUGUGCAGCAUUUUCCACAUUGUUGACCAUACCAUGCCAUUUUACUUUAUUCUGCCAAUGUGUUACUUCGUGAAGCACUAGAAUUCUUAGAAACGAGGCAUAUACUGGUGAUGGUCACUUGGCUAUUUUUUUAUGUUGAGACACAUUAGACGUUGUGUUUUGCUUCGUAUUCUAUCACUACAGUUCAAAGUGAGCAUUUAGGAGGUCUGUACACUUAUUUAAGAUGGUAUUGCUCGUGGCUUUUUCCAUGAGAAAUGCGUUCAUUUCUGAUGUGUUUUUAAUGUUUUUAAGUGUAUAAAACAAUAAAUGUUUCGUGCAUAUUG